AUGAACGCCGCCCAGCUCCUCCAGGACUCCCUCUCCGCCAACCAGUCUGCCCGAGAGUCCGCCACCCAGCAGCUCGAGGCGGCCGCCAGAGACAACUUUCUCGGAUACCUCCACACCCUUGCCACUGAGCUCGCCAAUGAGAGCCAAAGUAUAGACGUCCGAUAUGCUGCGGGUCUCGCCUUCAAGAACGGUAUCGCUGCUCGGGACAUUGUCAACCAAGCAGCUCUCACCGAGAGAUGGCUCUCUCUCCCAGACUCGGCCACAGAACCCCUCAAGCAUCUUACCCUCUCCACUCUUGGAUCUCCCCAACAGCGAGCGGGUGCCGUGGCUGCUCAGUGUGUCUCAGCCAUGGCCGCCAUCGAGCUCGAGGUGGGCAAGUGGACCGAUCUGAUCCCCCAACUUCUCGAGUUUGUGCAAAAUCAGGAAAACACUGGGUUGCGGGUUAGCACUUUGCAGGCGGUCGGUUACAUUUGCGAAGUCAUCCAACCACAAAUCCUUGCGGCUAGAUCGAACGAGAUUCUUACAGCAGUUGUUCAAGGUGCCAGAAAAGAGGAGCCCAGCGCCGACGUCCAGCAUGCCGCCAUACAGGCCUUGUACAACUCUCUCGAAUUUAUCAGGGACAACUUUGAACGAGAAGGCGAGAGAAACUACAUCAUGCAGGUCGUCUGCGAAGCCACUCAAAGCCCUUCAGUGUCUGUUCAGGUUGGCGCCUUCGAGUGCCUCGUUCAGAUCAUGCACUUGUACUAUGAAAAGAUGGACUUUUACAUGGAGCGCGCUCUGUUUGGACUCACCAUUAUGGGUAUGAAACACUCUGAGGAGCGUGUUGCUCUUCAAGCUAUCGAGUUCUGGAGUACCGUUUGCGAGGAGGAAAUCGAUUUGACCGCUGCUGCUCAAGAGGCUAUCCAGUAUGGUGACCGACCUGAAGUUGAGUCCAAGGGCUUUGCCAAAGCUGCCCUUAACGAUAUCCUUCCUGUCCUUCUCGGCCUCCUCUCUGAGCAAGAUGAGGAUGACGAUGAGGACGACUGGACAAAGGCCAUGGCCGCCGCUGCCUGUCUUCAGCUUUUGGCUCAAAACAUCGGCGAUGAUAUUGUCGGCCCCGUUGUGCCUUUCGUCGAAGCCGGCAUCACUCAGCCCGAGUGGCAACGGCGAGAGGCCGCCGUGAUGGCCUUUGGAUCCAUCCUUGACGGACCCGACCCCACUACAUUGGGCCCCCUCGUCACCCAGGCUCUCGGUGCCCUCAUUGGCAUGAUGCAAUCCGACCCCAGCUUGCCCGUCCGAGACACUGUCGCCUGGACCUUGAGCAAGGUCACUGAGACCAUGCUCGAGAUUAUCGACCCUUCCAUGCACCUCCGAGACUUGAUCACUGCUCUCGUCAUGGGCCUCACUGCGUCUCCUCGAACCUGCAACAGCUGUUGUGCCGCCCUUAACAACCUUAUCCUUCAAAUAUCUUCUCUGCCCGAGCUUCCCGAAGACUCUCCCACCAACCUGAUGUCCGAGUACUACUCUGGCAUCCUCAAAGAGCUCAUGCCCAUUGCCGAGCGGCCGCACAAUCAAUCCAACAGCCGAAGCGCUGCCGUACAGACCAUUUCCACCUUCCUCUCCUCUUCCGCCAACGACACUCUUCCGGUCGUGCAAGAAGUUGCUGUGGCUUUCAUUGCCAGGCAAGAGGCCCUUCAGGGUGUGCACAACCAGCUCGUUGGCAUGGACGACAGGAACAAUUGGAACGACAUGCAGAUCAACAACUGCGUUGUUCUCUCUUCCUUCAUUCGUCGAAGUCCUGCCGCUGCUGCGCCUUUCGCCGAUAGGAUCAUGACCAAUCUGAUCAGCCUCAUCUCUACCUCUGGUAAGCAGUCUGGUGUUCUUGAGGAGGCCUUCGCCACCAUUGGCGCUCUCGCUGGGGCGCUUGAGGCUGGUUUCAACAAGUACAUGGAUGCCUUUGGCCCCUAUGUCAUCACUGCUCUCAACUCGUACGAAGAUCACUCUGUUGCCCAGGCCGGUGUCUUUGUCACUUCCGACAUCGCCCGAGCUGUCAACGAGGCUCUCCAGCCCUACGCGGAGAACAUCAUGGGUGCUCUUAUCGAGUUGCUUCGAUCGCCUGUGGUCGCCAGACACGUCAAGCCUUUCGCCAUAUCUGCGAUUGGUGAUGUCGCUAUCGCCAUUGGUACCGAGUUCAAGCCUUACCUCGAGGCUACCAUGACUAUCCUUGGCCAGGCUGGAUCUACGACCGCUCCCGCUGGUGACGAGGGCAUGAUUGACUUUGUGCAAAACAUGCGGGAGUCCAUUGUGGACGCCUUUAUCGGUAUCAUGAACGGGUUCAGGGACACUGAGGCCAACGUCAUCCUUCCCUACGUUGGCGGUAUUCUUGGCUUCCUCCAGACAUGCUGGGCCGACGAGGAUCGUUCAGAAGGUUUCUGCACUUCGUCCCUUGGUCUCAUCGGCGACUUUGCUAGCGUCUUCAAGACCCAGGUCAGCGAUGACAUUACCAAGGUUUGGGUACAGGAAGCCAUUUCUGCCGGCAGGAACAGGAGUGCUUCCAAGCAGUCCAAGACCAACGCCGCCUACGCUCAACAUGCUCUCAAGGAGUUGUUGAAGUAG